AUGAGUCGGAUAAUCCAAGCAAGUGACUCUUCUUCUGAAAAAAGUAAAUUUGAACGUCCUUGGAAUGCACCUAAAUAUCUAAAACAAAAAAAAGAAAAUAAAGAUUUAGAAGUAUAUCAACAAGCUAUUUUAAUUGGAUUAUUAAAUCAAUAUAGUGAAAUUACACUUGAAAGACCAGCAAAAUUAUCUAAAGUAACUGUAAUAUCUCCAAAAGUAUCAGAAAUUAAAUUUUGUAAAGAAGAUACACUUGACGUUUCUUCUCUUGUAGAAAGACAAUGUAAAGCUAAAUUAUCUGAUGAAAUUAACAAAGGUUUAAAUGAAGCAACUGCUUUAAGAAGAAUGGAAAAAAAUAAAAAAGUUUUCGUUCAAAAUUUGUUGAUUGAUCUUUUAGAUGAAUUUGGGUUCCAAUUUCAUACUACCCUUUCUCGAAGAAGUGGAAAAGCAAUGCAAGUUGAACGUAUUCAAAAGAUCUUUUCUCAACACUCUUUAUUAUUAACUAAAGAAGAAAUCAUUCAAAAAGGUCAAGAACUCAACUCUUAUUUAUUUCAAUUUAUAGAACAUAACGGUUCAUAUUCAUUUAAAAAAGGAGAAAUCCAAUUAGUGAAAGCUUUUGUUUGA